GUCACAUUCAUUAUUACCGGUCCUUACAGGUUUGUCCGUUCCGUAUAAAUAAAUAAAUAUUAAUAAUAAAUAGCUUAAAAACAAUAGUUUUUGUGAAAUUCUCUUGUAAUAUCUAAUAUGAAGUGCUACAGUGUGGUUUUAAAUUAUAAAUUAUAGUUGUGUUAAGGUUGUGAAUAAAUAAAGGAACAUUAUGAAAGAUAGAAAAAUGUUAAGAAUACUGACAUUGGUCGAUGUCGUACAGUUAGCAGCUGCUACGAUGUUCUACCACGAACCUUCCAGUGUAGUCAUCAAACCUGAAGAUGAAGUUUCCAACUCAGACUUUGGAUUCUCAUUUGCUUACAAUAGCAGAUUUGGGGGUUUAUUUGUCGGUGCUCCAACAGAAGAAAAUAUAGGAAAAUUGUACAGUUGUAAUCUAGAUGCAGCAUUUGACAAGGAGGAAAUUACUUGCAGGGAAUUCUUCAUAGCAGUAGAUGAGCCAGAAUAUGAAGAUGAUCACUGUCCUAAUCAACGAUUUUACUUGGGCGCGUCGAUAUCCGCUGCUUUGGAUUACGUCUAUACUUGUGCCCCUUUAUGGACAACGAAUUUCACAACAUCAAAUGAAGAAAUAAGAGACGUUUUUGGAACAUGCUUCGUAUAUAAUAAAAGUGUAGGUUCGACUCGAUAUCAGGGUACCUUAGAAAGAUACUUGGACAAAAAAAUUUCAUUGACAGAGACUACUCUAAUCACAGGUGGAACUGGAUGGACUACUUUAGCAGAUGACACAAAUGGAGUAUUGCUUACUAUAAAAACUUCACUGCAGGGAGACAUUUUAUAUACACCGUUGUCGAAACCCACAGAUGAAACCAAAUCUUUAGCGGCAAAUCAAAGAAAUCGUAUAUUUUUAGGAGCUCAUUACAAUAUAGGUUAUGCUGUCACCGCUGGGAAGUUUUUUUCAGAUGUUACAGAGUACGCAUUCAGUAUGGAAAGUGCAACUAUGGAAGGCGAAAUAGCAUUUUUGAAAUAUGUUCCAAAACGAAAUGUACUAUCAUUUAAAUACAAAGGCCGUAACGUGUUGACGUUGGUAAAUAAAGCAAUCGGCGCCAUGUUUGGCUCAGCUCUAAGUGCUAAGGACCUCAAUAUGGAUGGUCGAGACGAGCUGCUUGUGGGUGCUCCUGCAUUGUCCGAUGACGAAUGCUAUGAAUGUGGAGCUCUGCACAUCUAUUUGGGAGGAGAUCCGGCUACAAUAAACGAUCGGAAAAGACAGCGAACAAUACUGGGUACCUCUACCUUUGGCCGAUUUGGAUCUGCAAUAGUCGCAAAUGAUUUAGACGGUGAUAACAAAUCAGAAAUAGUAGUAAGUGCUCCGUACGAGAAUGAUGGCCAAGGAGCUAUCUACAUACUAUCAGGUCACGAAGUCUACAACGUAUUGAUGAAAGUGCAGGACUAUAAGCUCAUAUUGCUAUCAGACCUGAAGCUGACGCAGAGAAUCCAGAAGAAGGAAUACACAACACUUGGGUUCAGCCUCCAGUUCGUUGAAGAUAUUGACGUCAAUGGGUGUAAAGAAUUGGUAGCUGGAUCGCCGAGUACGGGCAGAGCGGUGUUCUUCAAAUGUGUCCAGAAAAUCACCGUGACUUUGUCCAGCAGUCUAAUCGGAGAACAGAUAGUAAAAGAACAAGACAAGGAAUUUGUAGUGAAUGUCUGCGCACGAGUGCAACUACCUGAGUACCCAUUGGACAUCACUGCAUAUAUAGCGGUGUCCAACACCAUCAUUGGUGAGGCAGCAAUAAUUCCUAAUCCAGAAUUUAAAUUGGACAUUACCUGUGAGGCCUGUUCAAGGGACAGAUCGCUUUGUAGAAACGUCACUGUGCAACUGCAAGACAAAGAACCUGGUGACUACAAGUUCCUUUCUCAUGCAGAGAUAAGAAACGAUUACUUGAUGCGUCCUAAUAAUUCAGAAUUCAACUCUUCAUGGGUGCUAGGAGGCCCUAACAGCAAAUGGAAUACCAGUAUAGAUGUACCCCGACACUGCAAAGGAGAUGAUUGCAUUCCCAACCUGUCCAUGAAGCUGUUAUGGUCAGGCAGUAAAAAUUACACGGUGGGAUCAUCACCCAAUGAAACUGUGACGAUCAAUGUCAGAAACGAUGGGAACGCGUCCUAUGAUUCCUGUGUUUGGGUGAAAGUGAGCGGGGCGGCUCUCAAUCGAGGCGACUGUGAGGACUAUAACGGAGGAUACAAAUGUUAUUUAGACAGACCUAUGAGGAGGGAGACUAGUUGCACGGUAAACUUGCUCCUAAACAUGACCACGGUUACCAAUAUACAAAAAGAGCUAGAGGUCCAAGUGAAACUGUAUGAGAUAUGUAACCAGAAACUGAUCACUACUGACCACAUCGUUGUACCUUACACAUUAAAUUCAACCGACAUUUCAUUGAGUGGUUAUGCUCACAAGAUGAACAUCACAGACAAACAAAUCAGAGAUUCUAAUACAGUGUAUGAUGACCAUGAAUAUGUGAUUCAAAACCGCGGUUUCAUAACUUGGAAGAAAGUUAAAAUAGAUAUUAGAAUGAAUAAACUUGAAUACUUGAAGUCUUUUAAUAUAUUAACAAUGGAUUUCGGCGAAUGCGCACGGAAAGAAGAUACCAAAUACAUUGUCCACCACUGCAUUUUGGACAUAAUGCCAAACUCAACACAAGUAAUCACUGGCACAGCUGAAAUAAAUGCUGGCAAACUAAACAAUUAUUUGGUCAAAAAUAAGCUCCUGACUAAUUCUACAAGUACAUUAUAUUUAGACGAAAGAUUAUCACCAUUAAGUACUUUGGUGAACAAUGAAAUCCCAAUAGUGCAAGAAAUCACGUUAGGUAGUAACAAACUACUGAUUUCUUUGAUAGCACUUUUGGUAGCGCUUAUACUAUUAGCGAUUAUCACAUUUAUUCUCUACAAGUACGGAUUCUUCAAAAGAAAACAAAAGAAAAACCUUCUAAUUGCUAAAGAAUCGAUAAGGAGACAGAGUAUUAAACGAAGUAACCAUGCUUCCGCAAUAGAUGGACCGGCUGAAGGUUUACAAAUGGAAGUGGACGAUGACUCUCCCUUUGAUGAGCCUCAACCAGUGACCACUAAUGACAACGUAGGCUUAGUUGAAAACAAACCUAAUUAACUAUAAGAGAAAACAAAAUAACUGAUCACACUACUAAUAUUAUAAAUGUGAAAGUUUGUUUGUUUGGAUGUUUAGCUCUUUGUCCGUCAAUUACACUGAAACUCUCGAACGGAUUUUGAUUAAAUUUGGUAUAGGAUAUUUUUUAUCUCACGGUAACACGGGCGUAGCCGCUUGGCAGAAGCUAGUAAUUUAUAAACAAAAACAAACCAGUACUUGCGUUUAAAUGAAAUUAUUUAUUUUGCCACGGUCAUGUAACUAAAAUGUAAGAAACAUACGAGUACCUAUAUUAUAGUUUUUCAAAUUAUCCAAUCUUAUUUUUAUGGCCUACAAAUGAUUGGACAGUGAUCUGUCUGAUUUUGAUGAAAUUAGUUUCGUCUCAGAUUUUUUCUGCGUAUAUUUAUUGUUUUUUCUUACAUAAAAAGCUUCUACUAACAAUAACAAACCCAACAAUAAAAUUAGCAGAAUCAGAUCAGUAAAAUUUGAUUCCUUCCUGAGAAUGAUUAAAUUUAGAAUCGUUACCUAUUUAUGACGAAGUUGUAAGUUUGUAAUAUUAUUUUAUUUUAUCAAGGUAUUUUAUUUAGUAUAUGACUGGAAUUUUGAAUAUUUGAACACUAAGUGUUGAUAGUUACUUAUAAAUUAAAGUAUUUAAGAAAU